AUGGGCUCAAACCAGGCUGCUCAGGGCUUCACCCCGUCAGAACAUGAAACUCCCAAGGAUGGAGACCCAUCUCCGGCACUGGGCUGUCCUCAUGGGGAAAAGGCUUCUCCUUAUCGCCAUCCUGAGCCUCCCGUGUUGCAGUCCAUGCUGCUGCCUCUUGCCUUCCUGCCAUGCUCCACUGGGAAGAGCCCAGCUGCAUCUCCUCCAUCCCCUCCUGGGGAUGCUGUUAAGAAUGGCUUCAUUCCCCUGCUCUCUGGUGAAAAUGAAAUCCUUGAAACUCUAUACAAUAUUGCAAGCAAGAACAAGAUAUGGAGGUCUUAUAUAGGCAUGGGUUAUUACAACUGCUCAGUGCCUCAGCCCAUUGCACGGAAUUUGUUGGAGAAUGCAGGAUGGGUUACCCAGUAUACUCCUUACCAACCUGAGGUCUCUCAGGGCAGGCUGGAGAGCCUGCUAAAUUACCAGACUAUGGUGUGCGAUAUCACAGGAAUGGAUGUGGCUAACGCAUCUUUGCUGGAUGAGGGGACAGCCGCUGCAGAAGCCAUGCAAUUAUGCCACAGGCACAACAAAAGAAGGAAGUUCUAUGUGGAUGCCCGGUGCCACCCUCAAACUAUAGCAGUGGUCCAAACUAGAGCAAAUUAUACGGGUGUUAUUACUGAGCUUAAAUUACCCCAUGAGAUGGAUUUCAGUGGAAAGGAUGUCAGUGGAGUAUUAUUUCAGUAUCCAGACAGUGAAGGGAAGGUGGAAGACUUCUCUGAACUUGUUGAAAGAGCUCAUCAGAAUGGGACUCUCUCCUGCUGCGCUACUGAUCUUCUAGCUCUCUGUAUUCUGAAGCCUCCUGGAGAGUUUGGGGUAGAUGUUGUCCUGGGUAACUCCCAGAGGUUUGGCGUGCCUCUCUGCUACGGGGGACCCCACGCAGCAUUCUUUGCUGUCAAGGAAAAUCUAGUGAGAAUGAUGCCAGGCAGAAUGGUGGGCGUUACGAGAGAUGCAAAUGGAAAGGAAGUGUACCGACUUGCUUUGCAAACACGAGAGCAGCAUAUCAGGAGGGACAAAGCUACCAGCAACAUCUGCACAGCACAGGCUCUUCUAGCUAAUAUGGCAGCCAUGUUUGGUAUAUACCACGGAUCUGAUGGAUUGAAGCAUAUUGCAAGACGGGUGCACAAUGCUACUCUAAUCUUGGCUGAAGGUCUCAGGCGAGCUGGUCAUAAACUACAUCAUGAUCUGUUCUUUGAUACCUUGACGAUCACGUGUGGAUGCUCAGUCAAAGAGGUUUUGGACAGGGCAGCUCUUAGACAGAUAAAUUUUCGGAUUUAUAGUGAUGGCAGACUUGGAGUAUCACUUGAUGAAACUGUAAAUGAGAAAGACCUAGAUGACAUAUUAUGGAUUUUUGGUUGCGAAUCUUCAGCUGAGCUAAUUGCUGAGGGUAUGGGCGAGGAAACCAAAGGCAUCCUUAGCACCCCAUUUAAGAGAACUUCCAACUUCUUGACGCAUCAGGUUUUCAACAGCUAUCACUCUGAGACAAAUAUCGUGCGGUACAUGAAAAGAUUAGAAAACAAAGAUAUUUCCCUUGUACACAGCAUGAUUCCUUUGGGGUCCUGCACAAUGAAGCUUAAUAGUUCAGCUGAACUUGCACCUAUUUCAUGGAAGGAAUUUGCCAACAUCCACCCUUUUGUGCCCCUGGAUCAAGCUCAAGGGUAUCAGCAGCUUUUCAAGGAUUUAGAGAAGGACCUAUGUGAGAUUACUGGCUAUGACAAAAUCUCCUUCCAACCAAACAGCGGAGCCCAAGGAGAGUACGCAGGUUUGGCUGCAAUCAAAGCUUAUUUAAAUGCAAAAGGAGAACGUCAUAGAACUGUUUGCCUUAUUCCUAAAUCUGCUCAUGGUACAAAUCCAGCAAGUGCACAAAUGGCAGGGAUGAAGAUUCAGCCAAUUGAAGUGGAUAAAAAUGGGAGCAUUGAUAUAUCCCAUUUAAAAGCAAUGGUGGACAAGCACAAAGAGAACUUGGCAGCCAUCAUGAUCACAUACCCGUCCACCAAUGGUGUGUUUGAAGAGGAGAUUGGAGAUGUGUGUGACCUGAUUCACAAACAUGGAGGCCAGGUUUACUUAGAUGGAGCAAAUAUGAAUGCCCAGGUGGGUCUGUGUCGUCCUGGAGAUUACGGCUCUGAUGUCUCUCACUUAAACCUUCACAAAACCUUUUGCAUUCCCCAUGGAGGAGGAGGGCCUGGAAUGGGGCCAAUUGGAGUGAAGAAACAUUUGGCUCCCUACUUGCCUACCCACCCUGUCAUCAAAAUACAGCCGGACAAGGAUGCAUGUCCUUUGGGUACUGUCAGUGCUGCACCUUGGGGUUCCAGUGCUAUAUUGCCAAUUUCCUGGGUGUAUAUCAAGACAAUGGGAGCAAAGGGUCUGAAACAUGCUUCUGAGAUUGCUAUACUGAAUGCUAACUACAUGGCAAAGCGGCUAGAGAAGCACUACAAAAUCCUUUUCAGAGGAGCAAGAGGUUAUGUAGCCCAUGAAUUCAUUUUGGAUACAAGACCUUUCAAAAAAACAGCAAACAUUGAAGCUGUAGAUCUUGCUAAGAGACUUCAGGAUUAUGGUUUUCAUGCUCCAACCAUGUCCUGGCCAGUUGCAGGGACGCUUAUGAUUGAACCAACAGAGUCUGAGGACAAGGCAGAACUGGACAGGUUUUGUGAUGCAAUGAUCAGUAUUCGGCAGGAAAUUGCUGAAAUAGAGGAGGGCAGGAUGGACCCCCAAAUUAACCCACUAAAGAUGUCACCACAUACUCUGAACUGUGUCACUUCUUCCAAGUGGGAUCGUCCUUAUUCCAGGGAAGUGGCAGCAUUCCCACUGCCAUUUGUAAAGCCUGAAAGCAAAUUCUGGCCCACAAUUGCUCGCAUUGAUGACAUAUAUGGAGAUCAACAUCUGGUUUGUACCUGCCCACCAAUGGAAGCCUACGAAUCUCCCUUUUCUGAACAGAAGAGAGCAUCUUCAUAA